CAGCACAGAACCGGCCGGGCCAAGCAGGCCAUGGGGCGCUGGACGCUGCUGCCCCGCGGGGUUUCUGCUACGCUGCUGGUGGUGCUGGCCGCUUUGCCCGCAGCCCUGGCUGCCAACAGCAGUGGUCGAUGGUGGGGCAUCGUGAACGUAGCGUCCUCUACGAACCUGCUAACAGACUCCAAGAGCCUGCAACUGGUGCUCGAGCCCAGUUUGCAACUGUUGAGCCGCAAACAGAGGCGGCUGAUCCGUCAGAACCCAGGCAUCCUGCACAGCGUGAGCAGCGGGCUGCAGAGUGCGGUGCGAGAGUGCAAGUGGCAGUUCCGGAACCGCCGCUGGAACUGCCCCACUGCUCCUGGGCCCCACCUCUUCGGCAAGAUCGUCAACCGAGGCUGUCGGGAAACAGCGUUUAUCUUCGCCAUCACCUCCGCCGGGGUCACCCACUCGGUGGCGCGCUCCUGCUCCGAGGGCUCCAUCGAGUCCUGCACGUGCGACUACCGGCGGCGUGGCCCCGGGGGCCCCGACUGGCACUGGGGAGGCUGCAGCGACAACAUCGACUUCGGUCGCCUCUUCGGCCGGGAGUUCGUGGACUCCGGGGAGAAGGGGCGGGACCUGCGCUUCCUCAUGAACCUUCAUAACAACGAGGCGGGCCGCACGACCGUAUUCUCCGAGAUGCGCCAGGAGUGCAAGUGCCACGGGAUGUCGGGCUCAUGCACCGUGCGCACGUGCUGGAUGCGGCUGCCCACGCUGCGCGCCGUGGGCGACGUGCUGCGCGACCGCUUCGACGGCGCCUCUCGCGUUCUCUACGGCAACCGCGGCAGCAACCGGGCGUCGCGCGCGGAGCUGCUGCGCCUGGAGCCCGAGGACCCCGCGCACAAACCGCCCUCUCCGCACGACCUCGUCUACUUCGAGAAGUCGCCCAAUUUCUGCACGUACAGCGGGCGCCUGGGCACCGCGGGCACGGCGGGCCGAGCCUGCAACAGCUCGUCCCCCGCGCUGGACGGCUGCGAGCUGCUCUGCUGCGGCCGUGGUCACCGCACGCGCACGCAGCGCGUCACCGAGCGCUGCAACUGCACCUUCCACUGGUGCUGCCACGUCAGCUGCCGCAACUGUACUCACACACGCGUACUGCACGAGUGUCUGUGAACCGGGAGACCCGCACCCUAGGAGCGUGGUCCUCCUGGCCUCCUGAGAAAGACGCGCCCAACGCUCCUGGCCCUUAACAUCCUCCCACCCCAGGA